UCUUGAGACUGCCGCUCCAAAGAGGCACAUCAUGAGCCCGCUGGUAUUCGUCCUGGUUUCUUCUGCCUUUGUGGCCUGCUCCAAGGCUGGUGGACUCGGUGGCUUCGGCUACGGUGGUUACGGGGGCCUCGGCUAUGGUGGUUACGGUGGCCUCGGCUAUGGUGGUUACGGCGGACUAGGCUACGGUGGUGGGGGAGUAGGUGUCGGCAGCAGCGUGACUUUGCUCAGUGGCAGACCUGGCUUUGCGAAAACUGUGGCAGGGCCUGCCUUCCUCGUGCGCACUGUGCACCACGUAAACAAGGUCCAUGGCGGUGGUGCCAUCGUCGCUCAUUCAGGCCUUGGAGGAGUUGGCGGAGGUCUCGGAUAUGGAGGAGGCCUGGGAUACGGUGGAGGACUCAUCUAUGGAGGAGGCCUAGGUUACGGAGCUGGUCUGGGCUACGGAGGCGGCCUCGGAUAUGGUGGUGGCCUGAAAUAUGGAGGAUAUGCCCUGAAGGGAUAAAUACCAUGUUUACAUGAGAUCAGACGCGGCGCUAGGGAGCUGUUUUUCUGUCAGCGCAAUGCACACAGCAAUCUACCCUGUUGGUAUACUUUCUGGAAGGACCCUUUGUAUAUGAAAUGUAAAUAAAGUUUGCUCAGUACU